AUGAUUUCUUCAAAGCCCAGACUUGUCGUACCUUAUGGCCUCAAGACUCUGCUCGAGGGAGUUAGCAGAGCCAUUCUCAAAAACAAUCCACCAAAUAUCACCCAGUUUGCAGCAGUUUAUUUUAAAGAACUUAUUGUGUUUAGAGAAGGGAAUACCUCUCUGGAUAUAAAAGAUCUGGUUAAACAAUUUCACCAGAUUAAAGUAGAGAAGUGGUCAGAAGGAAUGAUACAAGAGAAGAAACCAGAAUGUGUAAAAGAACUAGAAGGAAAAUCUUCAGUUUCUCAGGUGUCUACACGAAUGGAAAAAUCUACAGACACAGAGGAGGACAAUAUAGCUGGACCAUUAUUUAGCAACAAAACCACCCAGUUUCCAUCAGUUCAUGCUGAGCUCUUAGAGCCUGAGGGUACAACUGAAGCAGUUUGUGGUCCUUCUUCUAAACCAACCACCCCUAAGACUGCUAGCCCACCCUCAUCACCAUCUCCAGCAGGUAUCUCUCCAGAGUUUGCCUAUGUCCCAGCUGACCCAGCUCAGUUCGCUGCUGAGAUGUUAGGUAAAGUUUCAUCUACUCAUUCUGAUCAAUCUGACGUUUUAAUGGUGGAUGUCGCAACCAGUAUGCCUGUUAUCAAAGAGGCACUGAGCUCAGAUCCUGCUGAAAAUGUCAUGGUGGCCACUUCUCUUGUGUGUUCUAGAGAGGUGGUAGCAGUGCAGGUUGUGAGCCAGAAAUCUGACCAUGUAGAUUUGGGUCCUAAACCUAAAGGCGGUAAGGCUGAACCAUCAACAGCUUCCUCAUUCCCCUUGCAGGAUGAACAAGAACCUCCCACUUACAAUCAAGCUCCUGAGGUCUCUUUGCAGGCUGACAUUAAGGUUACAUCAACCGUUCAUAUAUCAUCUAUCUAUAAAGAUGAGCCUGUGACUGAAGGAGUUGUUUAUGUCGAACAAAUGCCAGAACAAAUAGUUAUCCCCUUUACUGAUCAAGUUGCUUGCCUUAAAGAAAAUGAGCAGUCACCACCAGUUAGUUCCAAACCUGUAGUAUACAAGACAACCUCAGGUAUGUCUAAAAAAUCUGUAGAGUCUGUAAAACUUUUACAUUUGGAGGAGAAUGCAAAAUAUGAUUCUUCAGUACAUGUGGAGGCAGAAGCUACAGUUCUGCUCUCUGACACUUACAUGAAAGGUCUGCCUGAGGUAUCUGCACAACCCCUGGAUGCAGAGGGCUCCAUCAAAAUAGGCUCUGAAAAAUCUCUGCACCUUGAAGUGGAGAUCAUUUCGAUGGUCCCUGACAAAACUGGGCAGGAGGAGUCAGGAGAAAACUCUGCACCCGGGGAGAUGGAGGUCAAACCUGUGUUUCCUGGGGAAGCAGCAGAUGCACCUGUAAAACCAUCUGGUGGCUCCAUUCCUCCUGUUCCAGAAGGUCUCGGUGCACCAGAAAUUGAACCAGAAGGGGAAGCAGCACCUGACAAGGUUUGAUGAAACCAGCAAUAGCAGCAAGCGAAGCAGGACAACCACCACCAUAUUCUAACAUGUGGACCCUUUAUUGUCUAACUGAUAUGAAUCAACAGAGUCGCCCAUCACCACCACCUGCACCUGGGCCUUUCCCCCAAGCAACCUUCUAUUUAUCUAAUCCUAAGGAUCCACAGUUUCUGCAGCAUCCACCAAAAGUCACUUCUCCAACUUAUGUGAUGAUGGACAACAGCAAGAAGACCAGUGCCCCCCCUUUUAUUUUAGUAGGCUCAAAUGUUCAGGAAGCGCAGGAAUGGAAACCUCUUCCUGGACAUGCUGUUGUUUCACAGGCAGAUUCCUUGAAGAGAUACGCUGCAGUACAAGUGCCCAUUGCUGUUGCUGCAGAUCCGAAAUUCCAGAAACACACCCUAAACCCCCAGAAUACUAGUCCUCCUACAAGUCGACAAGAUGUCCCCAGACCACAAAGCCCUGUUUUUCUUUCUGUUGCCUUCCCAGUGGAAGAUGUAGCCAAAAAAAGUUCAGGAUCUGGUGACAAACGUACUCCCUUUGGAAGUUACGGUAUUGCUGGAGAAAUUACCGUGACUACAGCCCAUGUUCGCAAAGCAGAAACUUAAAACUG